GAUGACAAUCAUAUGUACCCUCGGUUCUACUGUAUGAACAGGUAGAUAUGAAAUGACAGUCAAAUAGUAUCCGCCCGCUGUUGCGUAAGAGCCGUGUCAGGAGACCGGUUGGUAGGUAAAGCAGUCGUGUUUAUCCGCUUGUGAGGAAAAACAGUGAGAGGGAGGGAGCGAUGUGGAGAGAGAUUAAGAGGACGGAGGGGGCGUAUAUCCCUUCAGUUGCUCGUGGUUAGAGGAAGAGGCAUCGAUAGUAGAAGAUAGCUGGACAUAGAGGAAGCUCUGGUGGUUAUAUUCUUCGGAUAAAACGAGGAAGACUACAUUUUUCUGCCAUUAUCACAGAAUGCCCUAGUCCCCCCACCCCCUUUUCCCCCAGCCUGCCGCAACAGACGCCAUCUGAAAGGAUCCGGACAGAGCUGCAGUGGAAGAAUGGUGUGACAUAUAAGCCCCAGUUCCCUGAAGGUCCACUUUGCUUCCUUGCUGAAUAUGGCUCUCAAGCUGCUCCUGUUCCAUACUUUGAACCUAUUCUUCUUCCAUUUAUCCGGUGCACAGACCAUCAUUGGUUCCUCCUCUUCCUUCACCACCCUGAACUUGCCUAGCAACCCACCUUCACCUACCAAGCAGACAAUUAGAUUCUGGCCUUCUUUGCCUCCCAGAGGACGCACCGAUCUUCCCAUCAGAGUAACAAUCCGGGAAAGGUUUACAGCUUUGAAUGCAGUGGAGCAGGGGCAUCGGAUGAUUCAUCCAACGACACAGCUCAACCCAUCUUUAAUUUUUACGCAAUCGCCACAGAAUUUUACCAGGGGGCAAAUUGCAACCCAACCAACUGUCUCAGGACCCAGGACUGACACAGCUAGUUUAACAUUCAUCAAGGCUUUAAAAAGGGAAGAAGCUGCCACAACUCCACUUUUUCCCUCUUUGGCAUCCCAUUUAAGUCUUGCAGAAGAGAGAUCAAUUGAAGGCUCAGAGGAUGUUGAAUCCCAAGGGUUGGGAUCAGGCAGAGCUCUGGCAGAGGAGAAAUCAACUGGUCAUCAGCCAACAGUUGCUGAGGAGAUGGCUCAGUAUCGACCACAGGCGCAGACCAUGACCUCCAAAGUUACGGACGAAGAAACAUCAUUGGAUUAUCAGAAUGAUGAGACUCACCUGUUUUGGUUGACAACAAUCAGUGCAACAUCUACAAUAACACAACCAACGCCUAAGGCUGCGGAAUUAACAGGUACACGUGGAGCAAAUCACCCUUCCAGUGACAGACUUCAGCCAACGCAGGGCUCCUCUGCUGUGACAUCUCCCAAACCCACGUCAAGCUCCGCUGAUAAACAGCCACAGACUGCAGGACAACCUGUCACAAACAGAAGCCCAGCUGGUCCGAAUCCAAACAGUUCAACAGAACAAGAAACCCACACAUCUACAACUGGUCUUAGGACAGUUACAACUCAAAGUGUCAAAACAGCAGAAAUAGAAAGAAAUACAUCGAGAACUACUGUGCCACCGAGAGGGGACUCUUCACGUCUUACAACCAGUGUUGUUCCUGUGAUCCGACCCAGAUUUGGCCCCACGUAUCAGGAGGAGAGGAACCGCUCUAUUCUGUUGGGAUAUCCACAGCAAGCUCCACACUCUACUUUUAAUCCAGCCCCAUCUCCAAGUGCCAUUCCCUCUACGAAUGGCACACUUCUUUAUUGGGGUGAUUUGAGUCGCAAGUUGGCUUUUGCCUGGGAACUGCAUGUCUACGGCACAGCAAGCCUCUUCCUGCUCCUGUUUGCUGGAGCUGCCCUUGGCCUGACUCUGUCCCCCGGAGCGAACUGUCCUCAUCGCGGGGCUCUUGGACUUGCCAACGCUCUGUUGUUUCUAGCUGGAGGCCUCAGGGCAGUUCUGUUUUUCAUCGACCCUUAUGGGACACGAGGCAUCUUCCCUCGCACAGCAGUUACGGCCCUCUACAACCUGCCUCUUCAUCUCUUGGUGUGGGCCCAGGCGUCAGUAGUACUUCUUGCACUGAGGGUGGCAGGAGUCAGUGUGUUACCUCCAACCUUAGAGCACCCCCCUCUGGUGGCUGUGCUUACUGUGUUGCAGUGUACACUACUGUUAGCUGCUGAUCUGUUGUCUCCAGCUCUGUCUCCUGUAGUACCAGUAACCCUCCAGGUCCUGUCCUUAUGUUGGGGCCUGGGUAUCUGUUUGGGCUAUCUUUGCUAUGUAUUUCCACGUAUACGCUGCCCUGCUCUUCCCCAUCACAGUGUUCCUGUUGAGGCCAGGAGGAAGACUUGGACGGGGAGCCAAAAAACAGCAGUGAUUCUGGGAAGAGUGCUGGCAGUCUGUGCAGUUCUUGGAGCAUUAUGCUGCGGCUUGCAUGUCCACGCUAUCUUGUGGCUCUAUGGACUCUUAGGAGACUGGACGCGUUUUAACUGGGGAUGGUGGUUGAUGCAUUUCUGGGCUCGGCUGCUGGAACUAACCUGGGGUUUUUUCCUACUACUAAUGGGAUCCUGGGUGUUCUGGAGGCCUGUCACAUGCCGGGCAAGGGAGGAAGGAAGGCAAGAUGGCAGCACAGUGGAUCUCCCAACUCCUGGUCAGUCUGUUGGUUCCCCUCAAAGACAUACAUGCUGGUCUAAGAUAGUCCAAAGUCUGAGAGGUAAACCCUGCAGGAAGUCUGAAAGUAAUGGUGUGGGAGGCGGAACAGGGGGAGCAGGAGGACCAGGAGAGGUGCCGAACAACUGGGCUGGACAAGAGCGACCUGGAGCUGAUAUCAGCAAGAGUCUUAUUAGGAACCAGAGCCAUGAGCAGAAUAUGGCCCAGCCACGCUUGGUCAAAGACAGUAACUAUGGACGUAACCACGGGGGCCACCCUGAGGACCGAGGCAUAUCUGAGGAUUCCACUAGCUCCCUGCUGAGACUGCAGACUCUGGGUCAACCUCCUCAUCGCUCAGUGAGUGGCAGCCUGGAUCAGGACAGAGAUACAUCUCUGUCUUUCUAUGAAUUUGACCUGCGGCCACCCUCCCCUAUUGACCUGACUCGCAGCAUUGAUGAGGCUCUGCACAGAGAACAUUUGGUCACAGGAGGGAGUCUGUUUCAUCCAGUAAUCCAGACUCCUUCUCCGGGCUCUGGGAUCAGCCAGGAGCAUUGGCUUCGCAGGAACAGUGAUCCUCAGCUGCUUUCUGAGAGCAGCGAAGCCCCAACAGAGUCCUCCAUGCCUCUGGGGGGUAGCGUUCUCAGCAGCGUACCCAGCAGGCAGGUGACUGCUCCACCCACUCCAUCCCACCAGGGUCACAGGUGGGCUGGGAAUGGUAUGGUCAACGUUCCCUCAUCAGUUUCUUGCCCAGUGUCGCUUCGCCCCUCCAGAACAUCUACAGGGAAUUUGGAUGAGGAUGGCGUGGAUGACACUCGGCCGUUUAUCACCCCAGAUUCUGAAAGGGCUCGAGCAAGAGCUGGGAGACCCGUUGGUUCACGCAGUUACCUGGAAGUGAGUCGACAUGAUGAUUCUGCCAGUGUCAGCAGUGAAAUUAUAGACCUUUGAACCACACAAUGGACCAUAAAGACCAGUUACUGCACUUCAGAUAUUCACACAUUUGUUUCAGAUUAACGCAGGGGAGAUCUGAUCAGACGUCCUGAAGUUGGCUUAGAAAUAGGAACCAAUGUAAAAGAAACUUUAGGUGAUUUGUAUUAAGCUCAUCACCUUUAUCUUUAAAGUCCUUUUGUUUCAAGAAUUUACCAGGUGAAUGGAUUUUACUGUAACUGGGAGAUACAACAUUUUUAACACACCACCGACACAGCUUUUUCCAUUUUUUUCACUCACAUAAUUUUAUCAUAUGCUGUGUUUCCACUGUAAGAACCUUUUCCAGGAACCAGGACAGUUUGUUUUUUACCCCCAUCAUUUCCACUGCAAGAGCCAGAGCAUUAUCAGCAGCGUACAAAAGUAGAAAGAAAUCUUCUGGUAAAUAAAAAAAAAAAUAAGAUAAAUAAUAACUCAGUGAGUAUCUCAGUGUUUUGUAGUGCUUAUAUUGAAAUACAAUAAUGGAAUCACCCAAUCUUAAUGGAAAGAUAAAUUAGAUGACUUCUACUAAAUGCUGAAUGCAUUUGUUCAUCUGUAAAGACAAAGCUGGUUUGAGACAAACACUUGAAUCUGUGAUGUGUGUUUUACAAAUUAAUUUUAAGUUACAUAGAAAUCAGGCAUGCUAUUGCUGUUAAGCAUGUGUCAUUCUUACUCCUUCAAUGAUUUAGGUUUUUGAAAAUAUGGACUACAAUCUUUAAUUUUAAAUUAUUUUUCUUUGUCUUUUGUUAGUGUAGCCACUGUGAAAUAACGACAUAGAACCCCGGGCUGUAUACCAGCGUUCUAGCUGACUCUGAAGCUGGAACUCGGAGCAGGAAAUCAUAGCUUUCUAGUUGCAAGUUGGACAACAAAAGUUAAGUAUUUAUUUUGGUGCCAUCUACCACUAUCAAAGCAAGCUGAUAAUAUAUUUCUAUUUUAUGCACUCAAACACAAUACUAACAUUUUAAAAAGUAGAUAAGUUAAAGCACUUACUGUUCCACUGGUUUAAUAAAAUCUAUACAUCCAGAAGUGCUUAGUUCAAAGUUUAUACCAGUAACUUUCUCUACAAUGUGGAUGCACACAGCAGGUUUGCUCUUUGCCUUACAACUUGCAGUGUUGGAAUUCCGACUUUAGGAGACAUUCUUGUUAUUCUGUCUCACCUUGAAAUUCCAAUUUCCAAAUACAGCUUGGUUUCCUCUCGUGGUCGGAUCCAAAUAUGGGUAAAAUUUGAGUAGGCAAAACUUGUUUAGUUUGACACCGUUGCACUUUUUGACAAAGUUUAGAGCAGCUUUCAUGAGUUAUAAAUUGUAGUGGCUGUGACAACAUGUAUUGCAGAAAAUUCCAGCUUUUUGUUUGUGACCUAAGUCUCUCUCCCAAAUACUGGAUGAAAAAGAUUUCAAUCAGUGUUAUUUCAUUGAUCCUGUCAUUAUAAUAAAUAACAUGGUUUCACACGCUGCGGUAGAAACACACGCAACACACAUACUGAGUAAAACAGGAGGGUCUGUCAAAAUAGGAUCUGGGUUACAAAGUGGGAACACACUUGCACAUAAUUCUGAGUUUAAUUUUUGUGGGACCAGACGUAUAUUAGACGAGGAAACAUUUUAGCAGCUAUGCGAUGUGCUCAAGAUUAGUGAUGAAGGUGGUAAUUCUCCUUUUAUUGUAUGAAAUUAAUAAAAUGAUUUAAAAUGAUCACCUUCCUGUAAUGUGACUAAGUGUUAAAGGUCCCAUUUGUUUCCAUGAAAGAAUUCCUAAGCAUAUCAUUGGUUGUAAAUUUGUUUUAGAGGGUUUUUUUCUAUGUGCUUUUGUUAUGUAAAGAUGUGCCAUACAUAAUCAUUACUGGUUGCUGUGCUGUUCUCUCUCUAGGGUCUUAGCAUUUGUAUCAUGGUGACUCAGCAGCAGAUUAUGUGUAAGCUCUUAUUUUGCUGUCACUGUUGUACUUGUUUGUUUUGUCUUAUAAGUUAAAGCUGGUUACAUAAAGAUACAGGCAGUCAACAACAACCAGAGAAGCCUCCCAUGCUGCUGAGGAUAGUAGCUGUUUAAGAUACCAUAUUGAAUUCCCAUGAGUUUGAUGCAUUUUAUUAUUUUAGGUCGCUGCAGAACAAUGCUUGUGGGAUAACACCCAUUAAUUACCAAUGCCUUUUAGUGCAUUUUUGCAGAAUCUGAAUCAGAUUUUUAAACAGAUCAGUAUUGAAUUAAUUAUAUGCUGCACAGCUUUGCAGGGCUGCAACACACAGGACUGGCUUGGCUUGAACUUCAAAACACUUAUUAUACCUGAGUCAGUGACAAAGCACUUACCUGUUUAGACUGAAGUAUUUUACUACUAUCUUUUAGAGAUAACAUGUACAAGUCACAAUGUAAAUACUGCCCUUUCUAGUGUCCAUGAAUAAAGUUGUGUUUGAAACAUAGUUGUUACUGUGAAGGACAAUCUUAAGUGGUAUUUCUAAAAGCUCAGGUUGGAGUUGAUCAGAUUUUUGGUUGUUAAAUUUAGUUCGUAGGUAUCGGCAAAAUAAAUUUUAGUCAAAUAAAUUUGCCUUAAAAAUAAUACUUUUUCAAGUUUAGAAAAAAUUCUGGAUAGAUAGAAAGUAUUUAUGUUUCAUAAUUGUCAAUUCUGAGCCUGUUUUAACCCCCAAACUGAUUGUCGGAGUCGGAGAUUUGGAUUUGCCUUCAACUCUUCCUCAUAUGCAAGAAUAAUGUAAAAGAAAAAAACACACACAUUGACAAUAAAUGGUUAUCUUUUUAAUUAUAUUGAAUUUCUAAUUUAUUUAAAAGGGGGCAGCAUACAUAAAUUAGUAGGAGAAGUUCACUCAAGUUAGGCAAUAAACUUGUUAGUCAUCAGUAAUCUUUCUGCCUCAUGUAAACCCAGGAAUUUAUUUAUAGAGGACCAUUUCCCAUCAAAGGUCAUAAAAAGGAUUUCCAAUUCCUAUCCAAGUAUAUUAAGUCAAGUUUAUUCCAGUUUAUAUUCAGAUCAGUGCAAAUUACCAUAUGUAAACAAGUUUUAAAAGUAGCUUCAGAUGCAAUUCCUUACAGACCAAUUCAAUCUGGAUUACUAUAAAACACAGCCAAGUUUAGUUGAUUAUAUAAUACCAGAUAGCAAAGUUAUCUAUGGAGAAUUUUGUCAUUUAUGCAAGUGAAGUGUACUAAAAACAUGUUACACAGUCUAAACCUGAAAAUGUGUGUUGCUUUUAAUGCACCCCUGUUCUGUGAUCGGGUUGCAAAUGUCUAGUCACAUUUGGGGUACAAAUAACACCAAAUUUAGGAAUUAAAAGUUUAAUUUUGGCUCACAAUUGUACAUUUAUGGACUUAAUGUUCUUAACUUUGUGAACAAAACAUCUUUUGUAUACAAAUUAUUUUCUUCAGCAUCAAUUUUAGUGUCUUGAACUAAACUUACAGGGUAAAGGAGUUUGAUUUAUACAUUCAAGCUAUGUGAACUUGAACUAACAAGACUCCAACCUGAGUGCAGAUAUUGCUCAUGAGCUGUGCAGAUGAUUUUACCUGUUGAGAUGAACGGGAAGUUGUGAAGUGAUACUUAAUAUAGAAAGGACUAUUAUUGCAAGUUUUAUAAAGUGUCUAGAUAAUCUAAAUUUGUUGGAUGUUGAUUUUUGCUUUGUUUCUGUCCAUACAAGACAUGUUUAUUGAGCCAUGUGUAGCCUGUUUAUACUUUUGAAUCUGUUUUUUGCUCUCAUUGCAUUUUGAGUAUGUAUUGUUAGACAAAUAAGAAUUUAGAGAUAUUGUCAUUAAGUCUAGUUACUGAUGCCUUUUUCCUCUUUGCAGAUGGUCCAUCACUCGUUUUCUGAUUAUUUUUGUCUGACCUGCAGUACCUCCUAUUGAUGUGAGAUGCUUGUUGAGUUUUUUUUUACAGUGCGGUGCGUCUUUUUUGUUGCUGUCGACAUUCCAAUGAGCCGGUAUUAUUUCACUGUAUGAGGACUUGUUGUCUAAAUGGCCACUGUGGUUCCUCCAGCUCCCUCAGGGUUGUUCCGUGAAGCAGUAUGUGCCAUAGAAAAUGCAUAUAAUGUUCCCUGUGCAGUCUGUUUACUUUGCUCAUUGAACUCUUUGUUCAUGUAUUUCCUGCUGCUUUUCACAUAUGAACUUAAAUAAAAACCUAAAACACUUAA